CAACACAAAAAACUACGCAAUGUCAUUGUCAUUUGACAAUUUUUUUACUUUUAAAUUUUUGACGUUGACACUCGUGAGAAGCUGGUUGGCACAGACGGGUCGCUCGCUGUUUCAUACAUAAUAGCCGAGUAAAAAGGCCAAAUUGGUUUGGAAAAUGUAUUUUUAAUGUUAUAAUAUAUUGAAGACCCGAAAAAGCCAAAAUAUCGGCCACCAAAAAAAAUGGUCGAGAAACCACCUGAGCCUAAAGGUAAAAUAAUGAGUCAAAUAUGGACUUUCACGGUAAAUGCGCCAGAUGUGGACCCCAAAGAAAAAAUGUUCGUCACAGGCAGUAUUCCAGAGCUGGGUGAGUGGGAUAACAACAAGGUUGUGGUGCUUGACCGCGAAGAAGGUACAGAUUUGUGGUGUAAAUCAAUUACAAUUCCAAAUACCUGUGAUAUACUAUAUCGAUAUGGUAAAUGUAUUGUGAACGAAGCUAACUCUAAUGCAAUAAUAAUUCGUCAAUGGGAAACACAUCAACAGCCACGCAUUAUAAAACAAACAGAUCUCCAUCCUUUUACUGACACUUAUGGCUAUCAAGAAAACAAGCAUAUGGUUUAUUCAGGUUGGCUAACAGUAUCAACAUUGCUACAAUUCAAGUUUAUGAAUAAUCCAUUGAAACUCCAGAGUUGUCUAGCCAAAAGAUUAUUACGUAUAAAAAUUACGCCUGUUAAAUUAUCAUUUGGUGCUGAUGCACAGGUAGAUGAUUCAUCCCUUAGCACAGAUGCUAGUGCUGGUCCUGAGUGUGGGGUACUUGUGGAUGUGUCUACCCUCCAUGAUGACCCAGCAGUGUGUGUUAUGAAGCCACAGGAACAAUUUGGCCGAGAUUACAAGCAAGAUGAUGUGUUACUAAUUAAUAUCACAGCUCCUAAUAUAAACACUCUUGCGUAUCUUGUAGACUUCUAUGCCUACAGUAGCCGAGCUGCAUCAGAAGAUCCACCAUGUCAUGUGGGCUACACAUAUGUUCUUCCAAAUAUGUUUAAGUCAUCAGAGGGUGCUUUAGAUUUACCUGUGACUUGUAAUGUGAAACAUAGGCCUCUGGGAACAGUGAAUAUUGGAUACUUAAUAGUCAAACCUAUGCCUGAGCAACUCUGUGACCUUAGCAUGUCUUUAGGAAAAUUUUGGGAUCCAGCUUGGACUGGUUUGGAAGUUGGUCAUAGAGGCUUGGGUGCUAGCUUUAAAACCAAAGAUGGGGAUGCUAUUCGUGAAAAUACUAUAGCUUCCCUUAAAAAGGCAGCUGCUAGUGGAGCAGAUUUACUAGAAUUUGAUGUUCAGCUAAGUAAGGAUAUGGUGCCAGUUAUCUAUCAUGACUUUUAUGUGUGUAUAUCAAUGAAAAGAAAGAGGGAAGUAGAACAUACUGAAAUGUUAGAGGUGCCUGUGAAGGAUUUGACUUUAGAACAUCUACAGAAACUCAAGGUUUAUCACUUACUUGAAGGACGUAAUCAAGAAACAUUAUUUUUUGAUGACGACUUGGAGGAACAUCAACCAUUUCCUACUUUAGAAGAAACUUUGAAAAAAAUUGAUCCACAUGUUGGUUUUAACGUGGAGUUGAAGUGGACCAUGGAGUUAAAUGAUGGCACAUUUGAAUUAAACAACCCAUUCGAUAUGAAUACCUAUGUUGACAAGGUAUUAGAAACUGUGUUAAAACAUGCUGGUGAUCGUCGGAUUAUAUUUUCAUGUUUUAAUCCCGACAUUUGCACAAUGGUUAGACAAAAGCAAAAUAAGUAUCCUGUGAUGUUUUUAACUAUUGGUAUAACAAAAAGAUACCAGCCGUACCGUGAUGCUAGAUGCUCUAGCAUACCCCUUGCCGUUCAAAGCGCAGUCAGUACCGAAAUAUUGGGGGUCGUUGUACACACUGAAGAUUUGCUCAGAGAUCCAACUCAGGUGAAGCUCGCAACAGACGCUGGUUUGAUCAUAUUCUGUUGGGGUGAUGACAUAGUAAACAAAAGCGUCGUCAAGAAACUCAAAGAUAUGGGAUUACAUGCGGUCAUAUACGACAAGCUAGACCAGUACACCACUAAAGAUGUGAAGGAAAGCAUAUUUCUAGUAGAAGCGCGAGAAUCGCAGCGGGAAUUGAUGCGGCAAGCUGCGCUCGAAGACGAGGCUUCUGCCAAGCCUUCUAGCUCGGAACUUGAGCAAUAUGUCGUGGAUCUAAAAGAUCGACCAUUCCUCAACCUUAGCGCUCGAGAGACGAUUGACGACCGGUCAACCGCUACGUCGCUAGAAUCAAUAGUAUGCACAGAGGACGCUAGAACAGAACAUGAUACAGACAUCAUAGAGCCUAUCCGUAAAGAAGAUCAAGUCAAAGACCGAGCUAAAAGUAUAAAACCAUAUCCGUAUCCGUGCGAUACGUCUAAGCUGCUGCCAAGUAAGAAGAAACGUAGAAAUUAAAUAUAGAUUUAUUUUAAUCCUAGCAAAUUAUCUAGAUCCCAGUAUACUUGCUCAAAUUUUAUAUUGAACAAUACACUACCCACGGUUUAUAUCUGUUUUAUGUAACCAAAAUAGUCAUAGGUAGUUCGUUUGAUACAUUACGUGUUAAGCAAAAUGAUUUAUAAAAUCAAUUGCUUUGUGCACGAGAGCUGUAGUUAUGUAUAGCUACGAAUUUAUUUUUGAUAAUGAAUGUAGUAUUAAAUUAUUGUUAUUUUAGUUUGUCUGUCUGUGUUUAAAAUAGUUGUUGAAAUUUGAGAAACGGCAAAAUGUUUAAAAUACAGGUAUAUAAUAUGAAUAGUAUAAUAUAAUCUAUAUUGUAGUAUGAAAUGAACAAGCUUGAAUAAAACAAUGACUCGAGCAGGCUUUCGAACACAUGACACCCGAAUUAUUGUGCCGUUGUUGCUUUCUCAAACUGUAAUAAUGUUUGAAUUAAAUGUGUUAAAAUACUGUAAAAUUUACAUUAUAAUAUGAAUAUUUUAGUAUCUGUACGAGUAUAAUUAUUUUUAUUGGAUCACAUUUAAUAUUUCACACAUUGAUAUAAUAAUAUGUCACCUGCCUAAACACAAUAUACUUAUCCAUUUUAUUCUUUAGGAUAGGUUUCUAUAUAAAAUAGUUGUUCAAUCAAAUAUGUUAUAAUGCCAUAACUUCAACCGUUUUGUAAUAUUCAAACUCAAGCGCCAUUAUUUACUUAUUUCGAAAGAAAAUAUAAAUAUUUAACUCGAGGCUAUGUUUAGAUGUUUUCUGUGAUAUAAUUUUUAAUAUUGUAAAAUCAACAAGUUCCCGUGAAAGAAACAUGUUAACCAUAUAUACAUAAACUUUUAUUAGGUACCUAAAGAUAAGUGGCAAACGUAAUUUUUAUUUUAUAUUUUCAUAAAUAUAAUUUUAAAUAAAUAAGUAAUGUUUC